AGCACGAAUUCAUCUUCAAUGUUCGGCAUCGACAGCUCUACGACGCCCAACGAGUGUAGCUGGCCUUUGAUUUGCAGAGUCUUCUAGAAUUGCCUCCACAUCCUCGCUUUCAUCCACUCCUCCACCUCGAACACUCGAACACUCGCACCGUCACAAACAUGAGCUGGCUACCCUGGGGUUCGAAAGACGAGUCUGGCGUGAAGAAGACCGCCGGUGGCGCAUUCGAAUCACCAUCAAGAUCAAACCGAAAGCAAUGCUACGCAGCACGCGACGCCUUCUUCGAAUGUCUCGACAAGAACAACAUCCUGGACAGCAUAAACACGAAAUCUGGCAGGACAAAAGCGACCACAUCUUGUGCACAGCUAGACCAAGAAUUCGAGAAGAAUUGCGCUCAUAGCUGGGUCGAGUACUUCAAGAAACAGAGAGUGGUCAAUUACCAGCGAGAACAGACGAUCAAGAAGAUAGAAGCUCAAGGAGGGGAGAUUGUGGCACCCCAACUGCCACUCCCAAGCUCGAAGUGAGGAUAUUGAGAGAGACUUGGCAAUUUCGAUCACGAUCGUGUACAUCAUGUAUAAUAGGUACCGCAAGUUUGCUCCCGAGGUUUGGUACUUGGGAUGCGACUGGAAUGUUAGCGCCGGCUGAAAAACUUGGUCCGCGAUUCCCGAGGCCUACAUUACUCCGGU